ACACAAUAUACACGGUGAUUAUUUAUACGUUCAUGUCUUAGGCUAUCCAAAGUUCAAAAUGAAAAAGAAUAUUAUGUAAACGUAAGUCGUUUGGAUUUUAUUUUAUGGUUACAAUUUAGAAAGCCUAAAGAAUUUUUUUUUUUGUAAUUUUCUUUUCUUUGAACUUUGUAUUUACUUCCUGAAAUAUCGACACGCAAUUAAGAGAAUCAUCCUGUAUACGUGCGACACGCAGAAUCAUUGCGUCAUGAAAUAAAACUCGAAUUCCGUCUAUUAUAGUACCAAUAAUGUACAUUUCCAUUGCGAUUACGCGGAAAAAAAGCUGCGUAUCAAGUUGUUUUGAAGUUUCGACAAUCUACGAGCGUCGCCAAUAUCAAAUUCCAUAAAUAAAAUAUAUGGUACGUGACGUAUUUACGGCUUUUCUCCGCACACGUGAUUCAUAGUGUUGCGCUGAAAUCAUUUACCUCAGUUAUUUUAUUAAUAAUAAAAAGCAUAAGAAACGUGAGUUAUAUAUAAAGAAAGAAAAAAGCGUAUCAAAGUCAGCGUCGCGCACACGCGUGUGACGCACGUGUUGCGCCAGAUCGCACUGUCAUUCAUGCAAUCUGCCCACGUGAUCCGUCGGUGUCGACGAAUCUUGGUUAUGUCUUUAAACGUUCCGACGACCGUGACGUCCUGACGUCCGUCCAAGUGGCCGAGUGGGUACGAUACAAUUAAGCUCCUCUCUUGCGUUUAAAGCGUAUAAAAAAAAAACAGCUGGAGAUUUAAAACCGACGGUUUUUUUCGAGUCUGUCAUAAUUUCGGAGCACGUUGCGGCGCCUCGUGUACGCGUGAGACGUGCUCGUCAUUUGUUCCAUUUAAAUCGCGUUUGCAGAUUCGCCACCGCGAAUCGCCGAUAGCAUGUUUUUUAAGAGGAUCUGAGACGCCGCGCCGCUUCGAGAUGUUAUCCGUCCUCCGGAAUUCUCGCCGUCUGUCACCGGCGGGUCGAAUUUUGGAGCGAUCCGCCGGGUUUCGGCCUAACCUGUCGUCGCUCGUACGCUGCAAAUCAGAAAACGUAGUCGUCACUAUCGCCGACGUGUCGAAAGAAGUGAGGCCAGCUAGCAGUCCGGAGUACGUCCCAAGAAAAUACUUAUUAAGUACCCACUCUCAGGAGACGUUGCGGCACCUGAAAUGGAUGCUGCAGAAGGACGUUUUGCGACAAGACAUGUUUCUGAUGGGCGGACCGGGUAUGCGGAGGCGCGAGCUGGCGCUCGCCUUCCUGGAGCUGACGGGACGGGAAUUGGAGUUCAUCGCGCUCACUCGCGACACGACGGAGGCGGACUUGAAGCAGAGGCGAGAGAUCAAAAGCGGCACCGCGUACUAUCACGAUCAGAGCGCGGUGAGGGCCGCGACCAACGGGCGAGUUCUCCUGAUCGAGGGUGUGGAGAAGGCGGAGCGGAAUGUGUUGCCCGUGUUGAACAAUUUAUUGGAGAAUCGCGAAAUGCAUUUGGAGGACGGUAGAUUUCUUAUUCCGGCGUCCCGCUACGACAAAUUACUGAAGACGCACACUCAGGCGGAGUUGGACAAGUGGCGUCUCGUGCGGGUCAGCGAAGAUUUUAUAGUAAUUGCCCUGGGUUUACCGUCACCGCGAUAUCCUGGCCAUCCGUUGGACCCCCCUCUCAGAUCUAGAUUUCAGGCACGUCACAUUCCACCGCCGACGUUCGAGGAACAAUUUGAGGUCUUGAGAAACUUAGCGCCGAACGUCGACGCUGGGAAGUUGUCGCAAUUGUUAUCGUGUGCUCACGCAUUAGUUACCCAAGAAGCCGUCACCAUAGGCCUGCCAGAUUUUCCCUUGGACAAUUUAUCGUCGGCCGCUUUAAUUAUGGACAAAAAUCCAGACUUGUCGGUGUACGACGUUUUCUACAGGUUUUAUCCGUACAAACUAUUUUUGGGUAAAGAGGGUCAGAAUGCCGUUGAGGAUAUCCUUGGAACGUUUAGCGUAUUGAACGAUUCUAAAACGAAGCGUACCGUUACCAGUAAAAUAGAUGCCACCAAGAAAGCUGACGAUUUCUUGGAGAUCAGCAUAAAACACGAUAACGCGAAAACAACUUUCCACGUUCCCUGCGGCACGAGCCAGUUAUCUAGCGCGAACAAUGAUUAUUAUGUAGAGACUAAUUAUCAGAAUAACUUGCUGGCGGGCAUGCUGGAAUCCCAUUUGACGUCCGAUUUCUGCUUGAUCGGACCGAAAGGCUGCGGCAAGUCCACCACCGUUCGACGGCUCGCCGAUUUAUUAGGGUAUCAAGUGGAGCCAAUAGUGCUUUAUCAGGAUAUGACUUCCAGGGACCUGAUACAACAACGGACCACGUCGCUUAACGGCGACACGGUCUGGAGAGAUUCGCCGCUGGUCGACGCGGCCCUGCACGGCAAACUGGCCGUGUUGGACGGCAUCAACAGGAUACAUUCCAGUACUUUAGCUAUACUGCACAGAUUAGUCCACGAUCGGGAGCUGCAGUUGCACGACGGUAAGCGGCUCAUACGAGCCGAUCGUUACGACGAAAUAAAGAGAGAGUAUAACAGAUCCGACGAGGAGAUGCGCGACCGCGGUGUUCUGCGAAUCCAUCCCGCCUUCAGGCUGAUAGCCUUGGCCGAGCCGCCGGUCGUCAAUAGCUCGUCCGGCCAGUGGUUGAAUUCCGAGCUGCUCAGUUUGUUCCUCUUCCACGAGAUGAGGCCGCUCGACAAGCGCGAGGAGAUUCAUAUUAUUCAGUCGAAGUUCGGGGAACCCAGCAAAGCGUUACUGAGUAUCGUAGAAUUAGCGCAUGUCUUACGUUCGUCCAACGAUCCGACCUUACUGUCUCUCGCCGGAUCGCUCAGCACCCGGCAGCUUCUGCGAAUCGCCGAGCGAAUGCACCGAUUCCAGUGCGAUGACGCUUACAGCGCGGUGCAACGAGCGUGUCUGGCGCGCUUCUUGCCGACGAUCGCGAGAGAGGCACUCGAGGAUUCUUGCCGUCGCCUUGGCAUCGUUCCGCCGGAAUCUGCGGCAGAUUCGGCGAUCGAGUGCUCGGUGACGGGAGACUCCGUGAAGAUCGGCGACACCGUCGUAGAUCGGUAUCGCACCGCGGCGCACAGUAAAGUACCCGACAUCCUGUUCUACGACGUGCCGGAGCAUGUCGCGAUCUUGGAGCGGUUGCUGCAGGACUUCAGCCUGGGACAGAAUCUCCUGCUGGUCGGCAAUCAGGGCGUCGGCAAGAACAAGGUCGUGGACCGGCUGCUGCAGCUGCUCAACAGGCCGCGCGAGUACAUUCAGCUGCACCGCGACACGACCGUGCAAACUUUGACCCUGCAGCCGAUGGUCAGGGACGGCAAAGUCGUCUACGAGGACUCGCCGCUCGUGCAGGCCGUUAAACUGGGCCACGUCCUCGUCGUCGACGAGGCGGACAAAGCGCCCACGCACGUGACGUGUAUAUUGAAAACCCUGGUGGAGUCGGGCGAAAUGAUUCUGUCGGACGGUAGACGAAUUGUCCCCCGUGCCAGCGGCGACGCCCGCAACGCGAACAUCAUACCCAUGCACCCGGACUUCAGGAUGAUCGUGUUAGCGAACAGACCGGGCUUCCCGUUUCUGGGCAAUGAUUUUUUCGGCGCUCUCGGGGACCUGUUCAGCACGCAUUCCGUCGACAAUCCGAGUACGCGAAGCGAGAUUCAGCUGCUGAAGCAAUACGGUCCGCACGUAGACGAGCGGACGAUACAUACAUUAGUGAGAACUUUCGGCGACCUGAGAAGUAUGGCCGAUCAAGGUUUAGUCUCGUAUCCAUACUCGACCCGAGAAGUUGUUAAUAUAGUUAAGCAUCUAGAGAAAUUUCCGAACGAACCGUUGGGCACCGUAGUGCGCAAUGUCUUCGACUUUGAUCGAUAUAGCCAGGAAAUAUUCGACACUUUGGUAACAGUGCUUCAUAAGCAUGGAAUUCCCGUUGGAACGAGUCCAACCAAUGUUGCCUUGGCUAAGGAAAUACCUUUGCCCGAGAUGAAGAUCUGCGGCAGUUGGAACGUUUUGAACACGUUCCAAAAUAUACCCGUGCAGGAAAGGUACGUUAAGUUGAAACCGCCAACAUUCCCGUCGCAAAGCGAUCGAACUCUAGAUCGAGUUGAGGCCAGAUCGGCCUGGUUCACGGAACUCCAGAGUUACUGGACGAUACCCAUUAGCGAAAACAGCACGGUGACCGCUUUAACGGUCGCGCAUGGAAGUAAAGGGGAUGGUACGGACGACAGGAUACACGUUCUCACGUCGAAUCCUUUAAGUGUAUUUAGCAUGACACCGGAAUCCGAGCAGAUUCGCGAAACGUCUCUGCAAGGCUUAAUCAGCCCCGCCAGGGGCAAUAUGCCGUUUUACAACAUCGCGAUCGACAAUCUCGGAGACGUUUUAGUUCACGAAGAAACUAGCAAUUCUCUACUCGUGGUAAACGUAAACGAGGGUUCGGUUCGAGAACUGCAGUUUUCGUCUUUUCUGGAUGUCGCCAGCGACAGACUGUCGAACGCCUUCAGGAGCAAAAAUUUUCAAUGGAAGAUGAACGCGAAUCUACUCCCGUCGCAUAAUUUGAUUGUCUUGUACACGCAGGACAACGACAAACUCGAAAUUAUCAAUUUGCAAAACAUGUACGCUUACUCGAUGAGUUUGCCGUGCAACGUCGAAUCGGUCUUACUCGCGUCCGACGGGAAGUGGUUGAUACAGGACGCGUCCAAGGAUAAGUACAUUCUUACGAAAUCCACCGAUUCUGACCCGUGCCCGAGCGUGUUGCGCAAAUUGGACGAGUCCAACAGCGUCGAUCUGAAGACCGGCAGUGUCUUGAAUUGCGGCAGCAGCAGUCUGCACAAAACGGAGCUGAGCAAGGCUCUUCAGCAGAAAAUAGACUGUCCGAAUAGACUUCUGGUGACCGAUAACACGUACGCCGGCAUAGCGACGGGAUUUCCCGAUUUGGACAGCUCUAACGAGCUGCACUUCUGGCCGAGGGGAGGAAGAACGCGCAGCUUCAUAACGCCCAUCGUUACGCAGAACGGGCAAGUGAUCAGAACGAUCUCGUCGAGUCAGGUACCCGAGGAAGUUUAUCCGAAGGACACAAAACACGCGGGAAUUUCCGGUUACUUAGAGAUAGUCGACACGGUAAACCACAAGCUGCGAUACAUACCUAUUCCGGAACCGGUUAACGUCUCGCCAUUGACACAGUGGCUGUAUGCGAAGGACCUUCCGCUUUAUGCGUCACUUACGUCGAACGAAGGUCUCGUUACAAUAGACGCCGGUGGCUGCGUUCGUUUAUGGGAGACAUCAAUCACGAAUAUAGAAAAGUCGUUAGGCGCGUGGCGUAAAAUGAUAGGCGCCGGCGAGGAAAAGCUGCAGAUCACCAAAGAGAGGUAUUCGGGGCAGGAUGUCAGCGGGCCGAAACACGGAAAGGUCGAUAAGAAUAAUGAGCCGCACGUGGGCGGCAACACUUGGGCCGGGGGAACCGGAGGCAGAGAUACGGCGGGCUUGGGCGGAAAGGGUGGUCCGUAUCGACUGGAUGCAGGGCACACGGUGCAUCAACUCAGUGACGAGGAGAAGAACGCGGUGCCGGAACAUAUAAAGAAAGCCGCUCGCGAGAUGGGUCUUCGCGCGUUCAAGCAGCGGCUCAAGGACAUAAGAAUGAGCGAGUACGAUCACAAGAUGUACAGUCAAUUCAGCGACGCGGUUCACAAUCAAGUGCAGGCCUUGAGAGUCAUCCUAGGUACGCUGCAGGCGAAGAGCAAGGAGCGGCAGUGGUGCAGGCAUCAGACGUCGGGCGAGCUGGACGAUACGAAGUUAAUCGAGGGAUUAACGGGCGAGAAAACGAUUUAUCGGCGGAGGGCGGAGAAGGAGCCGGAGAUCGGCGCUCCGCAAUUGAAGCCGAAGCGACUGAGACUCGUCGCGGACGUGUCCGGCAGCAUGUACAGAUUCAACGGCUACGACGGCCGGCUGGAUCGCGAGUUGGAGGCCUGUGUCAUGGUAAUGGAGGCUUUCAGCGGCUACGAAGGCAAAUUUCAGUACGACAUCGUCGGCCAUUCCGGCGACGAUUACCGCAUCGUCUUCGUCGAUCGCACGCAACCGCCGACGGACAAUAAACGGAGACUGGAGGUGAUUAAGACGAUGCACGCUCACUCGCAAUUUUGCAUGUCCGGCGAUCAUACGUUGGAGGCGACGCAGCACGCAAUUGCGAGCCUGGCGAAAGAGGAUUCCGACGAGUCGAUCGUAGUUGUACUCUCGGAUGCGAAUCUAGACCGUUACGGGAUUUCUCCUCAGCGAUUCGCAAAAUUAUUAACGUCCAACGCGGACGUAAAUGCCUACGCGAUUUUUAUUGGAUCGCUGGGUGAUCAGGCGACCAGAUUGAUGAAGAAGAUGCCUUCUGGUCGCGCAUUCGUGUGCAUGGACCUUAAGAAUAUACCACGAAUUCUACAGCAGAUAUUUGCCGCUUCUGUUUUAAGUACCACGCGAUCAACUUAACGUGUGUGAUGAUUAGUUGAAUUUUGCAUAGGAAAAUGAGGCGUUUCUUAUCAAUAAAGGAUUAUUAAUUACAUUUUCUGAGGAUAUAUGUUUUUGUACAACACAAUUGGUGUUUAUAUAACUUUGUAUAUUGCAAAUUUUUGUAAAUAAAAAUUUUUAGACGUC